AUGGAAGAAUCGAGAUACUACUACCGCCUCGCAACCGCUCUCCCUGACGAAUCUAGUCACACUCCCACGCCAGAUUUCUCACCACGGUCUUUUCCGAAGGAGGAAGAGCCACCAUCUCAAACAAAACUCACUCGAAGGCUCUUGUUGAGAAAAACGAAGAGCGCGCCUCAGCUCAGAGAUGAUGGGGCUCUGGAGUGGUUCGCAGACGACUCAUACGCACCCCAGAUUCAACCCCAAUCGAUCAUAUCCAACCUCCAAGCAAACAACUACCUCCAGCCCGAACCAGGACUACCGGACUCCCACAACAUCCUACCAGACUCCCACAACUUCAUCGCCCAAACUCCAGAACUCCCACCCCAAAACACCCCACCCCAGAACCUCCUCCAACACCAAACCAUCCCCGCCGCCCCUCCUCCCCUCACCACCCCCUCCCCCUUCUCCCUCCUCACCCCUUCCACCCUCACCGCCCGCAGCGCCGCCCUUAGCUCCGACACCGUCGUCGGCCUCGUCACCGGCUCCGUCGGCGCCGCCAUCGGCCUCGCCGGCACCACGGCCGCCAUCGCGCAAUGCUACAUGACGCGCGCGCAAACACGCACCCGCCGCAGCCACAGCCCCCAGUCCGCGUCCGCGUGCGACUCCGCCAUCGAGCUCUCCAGCCUCCGCCCCGCGCAAACCGGCUCAAGUUCAUCGGCAGAAGAGCUAGCGCCGCUCGCGAUAACCUGCCACGACGACACGUGCAUGCUAGGCGACCAUGGGACCGAGUACGAGUGGCGGCUGUGCCAUUGGCGGCGCGAGCUGGAGGCGUGGAGCUGGACGCGGGGGCUGGAGCUGGAUGUGCGCGAGGCUGGGGCCCGCGCGCAGGAAGCGGAGAAUGUGCGGGUGGCGAAGCAGCUGGCGGAAGAAGAGAGGAUGGUGGAAGCCGAGGAGGCGCGCCUGGAUGCGCAAGCGGAGGCGUUGAGGACGAGGAGGCGGGAGCUGAGAGAAGACGAGGCGCGGAGUACCGCGGAGUUGGCGGAGCGGACGAGGGCGUUGGAGGCGGAUGAGGGGGCGUCCAGGGCGCGGGUGGAAGAGGGUGUGGCGGUGGUGGUGCGGCGGAUGGUGGGGGCGCGGGUGGAGGCGUUAAGGAAGCAGCAUGUGGGGCUUGGGGAGCGGGAGAUAGCGCUGGUGGGCGCGCAGGAGAAGCUGGCGGCGGAGGAGGAGAAAUUGAAUGCAAGACUGAGGGCGUUUGCGGAGCUGGUUAACGAUUUCGACUCGAAGUAUUCAGCGAUCAAGCUGAGGAAUGCGAAACUGCAAUCAGAGCUCGUGGAGCGAGAGAGGGUUGUUGAAGACCAGGCCCGGCGACUGAAUGAGUGGCAGAUGAUCCUGAGGCGGGUGUCGGAUCGGACGAGGCAUGCGAUUCGGGAGCAGCAGUUGGGGAUUAGUCGGCGUGGGCGGUAAGAUAUUGCUACUCCUACAUCAUCGAUGUUUCUAUGAAAAGUGCAGUCUAAUCUCUUCAUUAAUCUAUCUUCUCUCAUACUCGCCUAAAC